AUGGAGUCAGUGCCAAUUGCUCCUGUUUCUGUGCAGUGUGUGGAUCCACAAUCGCACUGUGUUGCCAUUUGGACAGUUCGUGAGAAUAAGAGUGAAAUGCUCAUUCAAGGCUGCUGGAAUGUCGUACAAGAUGCCUGUUCAGGACCUGACGUGUGCUCCAGCGGCAAUCGGGUGUUCCAACCGUCUCGAAACGGUUCCCCCACUUAUAUGUGCUGUUGCCGUCCGAGUAACUGUAAUCACAUUGAUCGUGUCGUCGUUGGUCCUUUACAUCGGCAACGCAUCAACGAAACUCUCAAAAAGAGUAGUCGCGAAGAUGUUAAACAACGA